AUGGUUAAUGUAGCUCAACAAUCUACAGCGAAACGUUUCAUUGAUCCACCUCAACAAUAUCCAAAUGAUGGAAGUGUUUUAAGUCUAACAAUUUGGAGCGAUUUUAUUGGCCUAAACUUAAAUGAAAAUAUAAAAACAAAUUCAACAUUUUAUAAUGAUUUUUGUAUAAGCAAUAAUGUUCUUAAUAAAUUUAACUUUGCACCACCUGGUCCGAUACCAUUUUGUGAUGAAACACAAGUAUCCAAAUUUAAUUAUACAUUACCAUCCGUUCUCAAGGAUGUUAUAUAUACAAGAAAUCCAAAUUAUUGGGGAAAAUUUGAAGUUAAUCAACAAUCGUUUCGAUCUCAACGAAAUGGAGUAUUAUUAUUUAAUGGAGAUUUAGAUCAUAUAUCGCCGAUGUCAACAGCACAGCAAGUUCAAAAAUUAUUUCAAUCGAAAUUUAUUCGAACCAAAUUAGUUGAAAUGAAAGGUUUAACUCAUGUCACUGUGACUCAAUCUCAUACAAAAAAAGGUAGUAUGGAAUCAUCAACAUGUACAGAACAAAUAAUUCUUCAAUUUUUAUAA